AUGGAUCCAUUUAGUCAACCUGGUAGCUUUCAAAACCUCUUAAACAGUCAACAACCAAACACCUCAUUCUCCUUUGUCACUCCUAGUAUAGAACUCUCUUCAUCGGAUGCCUCUGUGUUCGGUACACAAUGGGCUGAAGAUGCAAACGAAGAAGAACAUGUUGUCUCUGACCGUAAAGAAAGAAGGAAGUGGUCACCAACUGAAGAUCUCGUUCUCAUCAGUGCUUGGUUGAACACCUCCAAGGAUCCUGUGGUGGGGAAUGAGCAUAAGGCAAUUUCGUUUUGGAUACGGAUUGCAGCCUAUGUUGCAUCAAGUCCAAAGCUUUCUGCUUUGCAAAAGAGGGAGCCAAGUCACUGUAAACAAGCUAAAUCCAGUGGGAUGAAUGAGGAUGAUGUUUUGAAGAUGGCGCAUGAGAUAUUCUUCAAUGACUACAAGCACAAGUUUACACUCGAGCAUGCCUGGUUGGAGCUUCGCCAUGAUAAAAAAUGGUGUGGAGCUUCUUCUACUAAAGACAAGCUCGUUAUCGGGAGAACAAUGAAUGUUGUUAACUUGGAUCAUGCUGCUGAAUUCUUCAACUAUCCUGUGGCUAUGAAAUCUGACUGGGACAGCUCGAUACGGAAGUGUCAACACUCACCUUGGAGUUGGUAA